ACAUUUGAUUUGCUUCCUGAGUUCAUUUUAAAUGAGCAACGAUCAACGAAAAAACACCAAUAAGUCGCUAUUAGCAAAUCAUCUUGGCUAAACAUUCAAUUUGGUUUUGGCAGCACUCCAUCAAUUAAUUUUCGGUUCAUAUGCGCAAUAGACACGGCAACCAACUUGAGCCAAUCGCUGCUAUUUAUAUGCAAAUGAGUUCAAAUCCCAAGAUCGAUCUAUCCCCCUAGCAGAUAGGCCGAGAUAGGUCAGCACGAGUUUGCGAUGACCUACUUGGACAGAUGCUUCCUCCGUUUGCCAGAUGCCGCCCAAACUUUCGCUGUCAACGAUCUUCCCGCGGACGGAAUUCCACGCAGUUUAGUCUUCGGAGACGACCUCUCUUUGCGGGAAACAUCAUCGUGUUGAACUACCAGGCAAACCACACGCAGUACGUACGGUGAUGUUGACUCAAGUGGCGCGCGCGAAUAAAAAAAAACGUCCAAAAACAUACAUACGUUGCGCGGCCAAAACCCGCCACCAUUAAUGGAGACCAUUCAAUUAUUCGGAAAUUAUUCAAUUUCUAUACGUUCGGCUGUUUGCCCGGUUUUUUUUUUCCUUUGGUCUGCUCGCGCGAUGUAUGUAAAAUCGGUACCCCCAUCAUCAUCCCGCACGGUUUGCGGAGUGUCGAAUCGCUGGCUUUUAGAUCAACACUUCGCGCAGAAGCCCGUUCGCGUCACUUUGCUGUUCUGUUGGCUGUGCCAAAUCUGCUCCACCGAUGGAGUUCCUUCCGUACUCUGCCGUUGCGUUUGUCGUCUUCGUUGCCACCGCGAGUGCAUUCAACCUGCAUCUGGCCGAACUGGACGCGGUCGAUGACUUUGACGGAGUGCCGGUGUCCACCAAGCUGAGUGCGGCAAACUUUGAGCAGCAGCUCAACUCGACCAAGUUCUACCUGGUGCUGUUCUAUGCGCCCUGGUGCGAGUACUGCCUCCGCUGGCUACCCCAGUGGACCGACCUGGCCGCGAUGGUUCGCGACAAAUUUGCCGGAUCCGUGCGCGUUGGCCACCUGGACUGUAUCCGCGAGGAGGCGUUCUGCUCGCGUCUCAGCAUCGAAGAGUAUCCCACGUUGCGGGUGUACUCACGUGGGCCACCCAGAAGCGUUGAAGCGGUGCAACCGUACGAGCUAGAGGAUACCGUGGACUACCUGCAGGAGUACGUGUUCAAUCCACCCGGCGACGAUAGUGAUAGUGACGCGAUUGUGUAGUGCGGGGGCUAGUCGGUGUAUAGUGUUUAAGGUUAAAGAUGAGUUGAGUGUUGUCUGAAAGAAUUAAAAGCUUACUAAAAAUAUGUUUUGUUUUCUCG